AUGUCCUCAUGGACUCAUCCCAUGGAAAAAAUAAACAAUGUAACUGAAUUCAUCUUCUGGGGCCUUUCCCAGAACCCAGAAGUUGAGGAACUCUGCUUUGUGCUGUUCUCAUUCUUCUAUGCAGUCAUUCUUCUGGGAAACCUCCUCAUCAUGCUGACAGUUUGCACGGGCAACCUGCUCAAGUCUCCUAUGUAUUUCUUUCUCAACUUUUUGUCUUUUGUAGACAUUUGUUAUUCUUCAGUCAUAGUACCCAAGAUGAUUGUUGACCUGUUAGCAAAGAACAAAACUAUCUCUUAUGCGGGGUGCAUGCUGCAACUCUUUGGAGGACAUUUCUUUGGUUGCACUGAGAUCUUCAUCCUUACUGUAAUGGCCUAUGAUCGUUAUGUGGCCAUCUGCAAACCCCUGCACUAUAUGACCAUUAUGGACCGGGAGAUGUGCAGUAAAAUGUUGCUGGGGACAUGGGUAGGUGGGUUCAUACACUCCAUUAUCCAAGUGUCUCUGGUAGUCCAAUUACCCUUUUGUGGACCCAAUGAGAUUGAUCACUACUUCUGUGAUGUCCACCCUGUGCUGAAACUUGCCUGCACAGACACCUAUAUUGUUGGUGUUGUUGUGACAGCCAAUAGUGGUGCCAUUAGUCUAGGGAGCUUUGCGAUCUUGCUCUUUUCCUACAGUGUCAUUCUGGUGACUCUGAGGAAGCAGUCAGCAGAAGGAAGACGCAAAGCUCUGUCCACCUGUGGCUCCCACAUUGCAGUGGUCAUCAUCUUUUUCGGUCCCUGUACUUUUAUGUACAUGAGGCCUGACACUACCUUCUCAGAGGAUAAGAUGGUGGCUGUAUUUUACACCAUUAUCACUCCCAUGUUGAAUCCUCUGAUUUACACACUGAGAAAUACAGAAGUAAAAAAUGCUAUGAAGAAACUGUGGGACAAGAAGGUGUUUUGGACUAGUGGGAAAUGGUUAGAAAUAUUAAUUUAA